GGACCAAAACGGCCAAAAUGUUAAUGUACUAUUUUCAGUGUUAUACUCGUUUAAUCACGGUAAAUUCCCAGGGUUCUUAUAAAAAAAGCAAGGAGAGGAAAACUGUCAACAUUCAAAGCCAUAAUGGGUUCAUAUAUAUCCAAAGGAAUGUCAGGAGCUAUGGAGAAAAUGCAGGAGCAACAGCAAACAAUGAUGGAAAGGCAGAUACUUGUUCAAAAUGAAAUGAGACAACGCGGUAUGGCAACACAAAUUGCAUUUACCCGUGAUAUGUUCUAUUGGUGGGGUUCAUUUUAUGCUGUUGUGACAGCUGGAGCCAUUUUAGGGUUUAUGAAAACCAAGAAACCAUCCAUUCUUGUUCCUAUACUACCCUUGUCGUUCAUAGUUAGUUACCAAGCAGAUUUGGCGUAUGGUAACAAAAUAACACGCGUUCAAGCUGAGGCGGAGAACAUUUUGAUAAAUGAAGGAAGUUUACUAAAACUACCGACUGGUUUGCCAACAAUUGAACACAUCGACAAGCUUCGUGAGAAGAAAUAGUUGUCAAGCAUAAAAUGUGUGUAAAUUACUCAGUUCUGAAAACGGUCUUCAAUCUUU